CAUCAGUUUCCGACCAUUUUGCAACGCGAUAACAUAUCGUAAAGGAAAACACCCAAACUUUCACAGUGCAAAAAUUAUCAUUUUUUCUGUGUGACUCUCUGAUGUUUGACUCUGUGCUGUUUUUUCAGUAGUUUUCUUGAAUAAUAAAAUCAGUGGAUUUUUAAAACUUGUAUUUUUCCGUUGAGUGUGGUGCUUACAAGAAAAAUCGGCCAAAAUGAUUCCGAUGUCGAGAACUUUAGAGUCAUCACCAAAUGCAUUGAUCAACAAAAAAGUGUUGGAUCGUUAUUUGACUUUGGAAUUGCCAGAGAAUAAAAUUCAAGCCACUUACAUCUGGAUCGACGGCACUGACCAAAACAUUCGUUGCAAGGACCGUACUCUUGACUUCGUUCCAAAAUCUGUGAAAGAGCUUCCAAUUUGGAACUAUGACGGUAGUUCAACGUACCAGGCAGAUGGUGCCAACUCUGAUUUGUACUUGCACCCAGUUGCCAUUUACAGAGAUCCAUUCCGUCGAGGCAAACACAUUUUGGUAUUGUGCGAAACUUACUCAUAUGAUGGCACUCCAACCGCCACCAAUCAUCGCAAAGAAUGCGCCGAAGUAGCAGCUAAAUGUGCCGAUGAAGAACCAUGGUUCGGCAUUGAACAAGAAUACACUUUGUUAGACAUUGAUGGUCAACCAUUGGGAUGGCCAAAGAACGGUUUUCCAGGACCACAAGGACCAUACUACUGUGGUGUUGGUGCCGAUAAAGUAUACGGUCGCGACGUUGUUGAAGCUCAUUAUCGUGCCUGUUUGUUUGCUGGCGUCAAAAUUUGCGGUACUAAUGCCGAAGUCAUGCCAGCUCAAUGGGAAUUCCAAGUUGGACCAUGCGUUGGCGUCUCAGUCGGUGAUGACUUGUGGGUCGCCCGUUUCUUGUUGCACAGAAUUUCAGAAGAGUUUGGCAUUGUUGCCACUUUGGAUCCAAAACCAAUGACCGGUGACUGGAACGGUGCUGGUGCUCAUUGCAACGUUUCAACCAAAGCAAUGCGUGAAAAAGGCGGAAUCACAGCAAUCAAUCAAGCUGUUGAGAAAUUGUCGAAAUGCCACGAGAAACACAUCAAAGCCUACGAUCCAAAUGGAGGAAAAGACAACGAACGUCGUUUGACUGGCAGACAUGAAACCAGUUCAAUUCAUGACUUCAGUGCCGGUGUUGCUCACCGUGGUGCUUCAAUUCGCAUUCCAAGAGGUGUAGCUGAUGCUGGCUGCGGUUACUUCGAAGAUAGACGUCCAUCGUCAAACUGUGAUCCAUACUCUGUUGUCAGCACAAUCCUCUCAACCAUUUCCUUAAAUAAGUAAACAACAAACGGGAUACAAUAAUACACAAUGUGUAUUACACAUUUUAAUUUAGGAUUUACACAGCACAAUAAUCAGCUUCAUAUUAGAAAAAAAAAACACAACAACAACAAUCCAAUCAACUAACACGAUGAUAACUACAAACCAAACAAAUGAAAAGAAGAAGAAAAAACGUUAAAACGUAUGUGAAGAAAUGAAGGAACGAGAAUGUUAUUAAUAUUAUGGAAGAGUUUAUAUAUAUUUGAUUGAUUGUACAAAAAUAAAAUUCAAUGUUAAUUGUUGAAAAAUUUAAACAAAA